GUGUACCACAAUCACACUGCCUAAAGAUCAUUGAUCGCGGUUGGCGGAUCCGACGCUUUGCCUGUGCACGUUGUCGUUCAGUCUUCUUGCGAAUUGGAUAUUAGACUCUGAAUUACUAUCGGACGCCUAUUUCCGUCGUGUUCGACGUGUGCCACAGAUAUGGUGCAAUCUACGAUUCGAACUCAACUCUGAUUAGACUCGCCUUUGUUACGAACGACCAUUUUUGCUUCAUUCCUGGCCACAUCGUUAUCAAUGACCUGGUGGUUGCUCCUCUUGGCAGCGCUGGUUGUCCUCAUACUUUUCAUCGUGAAGACGCUUCAUUUUAAUCACAAGGACUGUCUUCUUGGUCAACGUCUGGACGGCAAGGUAGUUAUCGUUACAGGAUGUAAUCAAGGAAUCGGCUAUGAAGUUGUUGGUGAGUUAGCGCGGCGUGGUGCUCGUGUCAUCAUGGCCUGUCGAGAUUUGGAUAAGGCGGAAAUCGCUCGUUCACGCCUUCUGAAGCGUUUCGAAUCCGCAAGAGCGAACCGGGAACUCAGCACAGAGCUAACAGGCGUACAUAAAUCACAGCUAGAGUGUGAACAGUUGGAUUUGCAGUCAGUCUCUUCCAUACGCAACUUCGCUUUGCGCAUGAUAGCAAAAGAGCGUUCUGUCGAUAUAUUGGUCAAUAACGCAGCCGUGAACUUGGGUCACGCAGUGUUUGACUCUGACGGGAUAGAAUUGCACCUGAAGAUCAAUCACUUGGGCCACUUUUUACUCACCGAGCUUAUUUGCCCACUGUUGGAGGCGUCGGAGCAUGGAGCACGCGUAAUUAACGUAUCUUCUUUCAAUCAUCGAUUGGCUGAACUUAACACGAAGGAUCUGUGCCGACCCACGGUGGGUUCACCCUAUUCCAACAGCAAGUUAGCAAACGUUAUACAUGCCAAGGAGAUCUCCAAACGUUGGAGGGAUUCCAACAUAGUUGCCGUCAGCGUUCAUCCCGGUUUGACUAAGACGGAGAUAUUUAGGCACAUGCCGUGGACCCGUUGGGUCGUACACACGUUGCUUUCUGGACUGGCCAAGUCUCCAUGGCAAGGGUCGCAGACUAUUGUUUACUGCUGUCUGGCUGAUGACCUUGCACCCGGUGCUUACUACGUCGAAUGCAGAGCGAGUCAAGUGAACUCUCAGGCUUUUAAUGAGAAAGUUGGUGACUAUUUGUGGACUGCAUCAGAGCAACUCAUUCAAAAAUGGGAGAUCCACGAACGGAGUCAGUGAUCACAGAUCAAAGUCCCACGCUGCCCUUAUCAUUUUCCUGAAUAACGUAUGUCUUGACCCUUGGCCUACGUCCCACAUUUCCCCUUUAUUUCCUGACCCCUCUUUACGCUUCGAUUCUCCGCAACCCGUUCGAUUACCGCUGUUUAGGCAGCCUUUGUACCCUCAAGGCAGCAUAAUUUCUUCGGCAUGAAUCGCAAUUGGACAGCAGCUCUGCUUAACUUUUGUUUGUUGUUCACUAACCACUUGAAUGUUCGUAUCCGCCCAAGUGUACAUCGCUUCCUCAGCAACAAUCGUUUUCAGUUUCCAAAUUCUUCCUUCCGAAUGAGACUUCUAUCUUUUAUUUGACCGCCAAACUGACGCUAAGGAUGCAAAUCGAACACGAGCAAUUUGGAAGUUCCACUUUUGCAGUUCGGGUUCGGGAUAUGUCCCUCUGCAGCUACCUGUCCUUCUCUCGCGGAACAAGAAACUCCGGAUCGGGUUCACCUAGAGUCGAGUUUUGUUUCAUCAGAUUACGCAUAAGUGAUAUGUGCAUGGUGAAUAUCGAGUUAGCACAUCAACGAAACUGGGCCGGAUGCGCUUUCGUUUUCCCAUCGCUUUGCAUUUCUGCACAUCGUGUUUAGCAUAUCAUAGCAUCGAGCGCCGCACCGCACAUUAAACCCACUUGAUCCGAAAAUGAUGUGACACCCCAAUGGAUUGGUGGACAGCGUCCUAUUUGGUGCCUAAACACGAAUAUACCUAGAUGGCAAAAAAUCGGCAUGAGUGCAUUUGUGGCUUGCAUUGGGAGGACCAGCCAACUUUAAGCUGUAUAUUGAGAUCUGUCAUGCGGUACACUCAGUUUGUAUAGCCCACAGAUACCUUUCAUAUUCGCCGUUUGUCCUUUUACCCAUUCUUUUUGAUUUCCGCAUGUCUUGAUGACUCCAAUUAAUGGUGUGGUUUUGAG